CGAGAGGUAAUUAGCUCACAUGUGGUAGUGGAGGAAGAGAAGAGAGUUAGUAGCUCCCCCUUCUUAAGUUAGAGGAUAUUAGUGCAUGACCCAUAGUAGUGGUGGUGAUCUUGUUCCAUUUGAUCAAGAAAUUGAGAGAACUUUUAGGGAGUUUUUAAGAGAGAAAAAGCAGAACAUCAUGGCAGAAGAAGGUGAAGGACAAAAUAAUGCACGCACUCUUGGUUCAUAUGCCACCUCAUCCCUUGAAGGAAUAGCAUCCAGCAUUAGGAGGCCAGCGAUUCAAGCUAAUAACUUUGAAAUCAAACCAGCUAUCAUUCAAAUGAUCCAACAAACUGUCCAAUUCAGUGGUUUGCCUAAUGAAAAUCCUUAUUUGCAUAUUGCUAGUUUUCUUGAAAUUUGUGAUACUUUUAAGGCUAAUGGUGUUAGUAAUGAGUCUGUUAAGCUUACAUUAUUUCCAUUUUCUUUGCGUGAUAAAGCCAAGAGUUGGCUUCAAUCUUUUCCUGCAGCUGCAGGGGGUAAUCUUAUGAAUAAGACAGAGGAGGAUGGUUAUAAGCUGUUAGAUGAAAUGGCCUCUAAUAGCUAUCAAUGGACUAAUGAUAGAGCUACCAAAAAGGAGUUGGAAAUAAGGUUUCAAAAUCAAGAUGCUGCUAUUCGGAAUAUAGAAACACAACUUGGACAAAUUGCUGAUAUGGUUUCUAGAAGAGUUCAAGGGGGUUUACCAAGCAAUAGUGAAAAGAAUCCAAGGGAGCAAUUGAAGGCUAUCACUUUGAGGAGUGGAAAAGAACUUAAAGAGGUAGGACAAUCUGAUGGGAAAGAAGAAGGUGUGGAAGCUGGUGAAUCAAACCAUGAGGAGGAGCCUAAAAGACUUUUUCAUGAUUCGAAUGUCAAGCCUUAUAAGUUGAAAAUCCCUUUUCCCCAAAGAUUUUUGCAAGCUAAUUUAGACAAGCAGUUUUCUAAAUUUUUAGAGGUGUUUAAAAAGUUACAUAUUAAUAUUCCUCUUAUUGAUGUUAUUUCGCAGAUGCCAAGCUAUGCAAAAUUUUUGAAGGAGAUCCUUGCCAAUAAAAGGAAGUUAGAGGAGUUCGAGAUGGUGAAGUUAAAUGAAGAAUGCUCUGCUAUUCUUCAGAAUAAGUUAUCUCCUAAGUUGAAGGAUCCAGGGAGUUUUUCUAUUCCUUGUAUUAUUGGCAAUGUUAAUUUUGAUAAGGUUUUGUGUGAUUUUGGUGCUAACAUUAAUUUGAUGCCUUUUCAUGUAUUUAGGAAACUUGGAUUAGGAGAACCUUCACCUACCACAGUUUCUCUUCAAUUGGCAGAUAGAAGCAUUAAAUAUCAAAGAGGAGUGGUAGACGAUGUUUUGGUAAAAGUUGACAAAUUUAUUUUUCCUAUUGAUUUUAUUGUUCUUGACAUGGAAGAGGAUUUUGAAAUGCCUUUAAUUCUUGGGAGACCAUUCCUUGCUACUGGUAGAGCUCUUAUUGAUGUUCAACAAGGGAAACUUAGCCUUAGAAUACAUGAUGAUGAGAUUGUUUUUAAUGUGUUUGAUGUUAUGAAAAAUUGUGAUCAUGAUGGCAGUGCUGUUUUACGGAUUGAUGUGGUAGCCAGUGUAAUUGUUGAAAAUUUUAAUGCUUCUAGAUUAGAUGAUCCUAUUGAUAAUUGCAUUGUUAAUGAUUUGGAUGUGAAAGCUAAUAGUGCAGACAAUAACAUUUUGGAGGCAGCAGCUAUUCUUGGGGAAAAAUGCCAUAGGCAACCACAAAAAGGAGGGAAUUUUCUGCCCUUAGAUGCAUCGUCCACUGUGACAGUCAAGCCAUCCAAAGAGGAGCCCCCGACUCUUGAAUUAAAACCUCUUCCUUCUCAAUUAAAGUAUGUUUAUUUGGGUGAUUCAAAUACAUUACCUGUUAUAAUUUUUGCUUCUUUGACAGAAAUAGAGGAGGAGAAACUCUUAAGGGUGUUGCGAGAACACAAAGGAGCUAUAGGAUGGAGCAUAGCGGAUAUCAAAGGAGUUAGCCCUUCGGUUUGCAUGCAUAAAAUUCUACUAGAGGGGCACAAGUCGAUUGUUCAGCCUCAAAGACGCUUUAAUCCUAACAUGCAUGAGGUGGUCAAAAAGGAGGUAAUCAAAUGGUUGGAUGCAGUUAUCAUCAAAUUCCUAUUGCCCCUGAGGAUUAAGAGAAAACAACAUUUACUUGCCCAUAUGGUACUUUUGCUUUUAGACGAAUGCCUUUUGGUUUGUGCAACGCUCCAGGAAACACCAUUUUUCUUUGAUGAUGAUUGUAUGAAUGCUUUUAAAUUGUUGAAAGAGAAACUGGUUAAUGCUCCUAUUGUUAUUGCACCUUGUUGGGAUUUGCCUUUUGAGAUAAUGUGUGAUGCUAGUAAUGAUGCUUUAGGUGCAGUUUUGGGACAAAGAAAAGAUAGGAAAUUUCACACAAUUUAUUAUGCAAGUAGAAUAAUGAAUGAUGCUCAAAAGAAUUACACUACUACUGAAAAAGAGUUGCUUGCUGUGGUGUUUGCUUUUGAAAAGUUUAGGCCUUAUCUAAUUUUGUCCAACGUGAUUGUUCAUACCGAUCAUUCUACACUUAAAUAUUUGCUUGCUAAAAAAGAUGCCAAACCUAGGUUAGAUGAGGUGCAUGUGGAAUGUGGGGAUGAUUAACUUUUGCUUGAUGAGUUUCUAGAUGAGCAAUUGUGUUUAGUUUCUUUGUGUGCUUUGUCUUCUUUACCUUGGUACGCAGAUUUUGUUAAUUACCUUGUGAGUAAUGUCUUACCUCCUAACUUAUCUUUUCAACAAAAAAAUAAGUUCUUU